AUGGUAGUUAUUUCAGGGAAGUCCCUGCUAAUACAUUACCUUUUAGUUCUACUAGUCUCUUCAUUCACAAAGCUCACCCAUGUAAAAGGCUUUGACCUUGGUGAUCUAUUCGAUUUCCCCCCUGAUCCAUUCCCUUACAAUUAUGAUUAUGAACAAUCUCCAGUUCCCCGGGUGAUCGAGCCAAGAUUACAGGUUUGGCCACCACCUCCGCCAUCACCACCACCACCACCUCCACCAUCACCACCAUCACCACCACCGCCUAAACAGUCACCACCACCACCCUCAACAGACUCAUUUUUCAUUCCUCCUUUUGUCAUCCCCCCUAUUGAUAUUCCUCCUCUAAUUCCUCCUCUAUUACCCGUCAUCUCAUCUAUUAUUAACCCAAUAACAUCAUCACCACCACUUCUUAAGUCACCUUCCCAAUGUAAGCCUGAUAAAUCUAUAAAGCUAACACCACCUCCACCAGCAAAGCAACCACCAGUUAAGGCACCACCACCACCUCCUCACGCACCAUCUCCAUCACCAGCAAGACAGCCAACUCCACCACCAGUUAAGGCACCAUUUCCAUCACCAGCAAGACAACCAACUCCACCACCAGUUAAGCCACCAUCUCCAUCACCACCACCACCACCGCCACCACUUUCUAAGAAAUCUCCUCCACCAGCUCCUCCUCCAUCAAUAGCUAAUCCACCAAUUAUGGCACCAUCUCCAUCACCAGCUCCUCAUCCACCUGUAAUAAUAGCCCCAUUUCCAUCCUCACCAGUAGCGAAACCACCCGUUAUUCCACGUCGACCAGUUAAGCCUAUUCUACCUCCAUCUCCCGCCGUCAAAACUCUAACGGUGAAUGGGAUUGUUUACUGUAAACCCUGCAAUAGCUAUGGAGUUCCCAAUCUCCUCAACGCUACCCCACUCCAAGGAGCUUCUGCGAGACUAGUUUGCUACAACGGGAAGAAUGCAAUUGUUCAAUCAGCCAUAACAGACAAGAAUGGUGAGUUUCGGCUCACGCCCAAAUCAUUAAUCGGAGCAGAUAUCGGCAAGUGCAAGGUAUAUUUAGUGAAAUCACCAAAUCCCACUUGUAAUGUCCCAACAAACUUCAAUGGCGGAAAAACAGGUGCUCUAUUGCAACAUGUCGUACCCCCUAAGCCACCGAUUGUUACCCCUGCAGUGAUUGUCCCCGUACAACCACCCAUGUCUGAUUUAUAUGGAGUUGGACCUUUUAUUUUUGAAGCAUCAAGCAAAGUACCAUGCGCUAUGCAUAGAAAAUUAUAAGAGCAUUGUUCAGUCAUGG